AAUACAGGAGAGAGAAAACAACGCAUCCGCAGUUACAUAGAAAGUAACCAUGGCUGAGCCGGAAAACUCGAGGUUCGGGGCGAUCGCUCUGUUCCUGAACGCAGGGAUGCUGGUAAUGAUCAGCGCAUACCAAGUAACGUUUUUAAAUCCGGUGGCGCCGGUUAUGGUACGGUUGUUCAAUCAAACACACGUGAGUCGUUAUGGUGUCCCGAUGCCGUCUUCAGUCUCCACUUCCAUAAUGGCUAUUGUUAACUCGUUUCUAUUUGUUGGAGCAAUGUUCGGCGGGUUGGCGACCAAGUUUCUCUUGGGCUGGUUUUCCCCGAAGCGAGUCAUGCAGAUGGGUCACGUGGUUAGCCUGCUAUCGAUUCUGGUAAUGGCGCUGAUAACUGGACUCACAGGAUCCUACGAAGUUCUAAUUAUCGGUCGUUUCCUUACCGGUAUAGGUGCAGGCGUCUCGUACAAUUUGUCGUCGCUGAUAGUUGCAGAACUAAGCGCACCAGCGAAGUCUGCUUUCUGGCAAAGUGUCGUGGGUGCUUUUAAUCUUCUUGGUCUAUUGUUAGGCGCCGUAAUGGGACAUCCGCGGCUUUUAGGCACAGCAACGCUUUGGCCCGUCGGUGUUUCAGUGAUCGGUAUAUCGGCUGUUGUUUACCUCAUCACAAGCAUUUGGUUGCCGGAGUCGCCGUUUUAUUUAAUCCGAAUGAAGAGACAGGACGAAGCGGUUGAAGUUCUCCAACUGAUACGAACCGGAACGAAGAAUAAUAUACUGGAAGAAAUUGCGAGAAUGAAAAGUGAAAUGAAAAACGUUGAACAAGUCGGCAUCAAGGAAAUGUUGACGAACAAAGGAUACAGGAAACAGUUCUUCGCCGUUCUGGUUGUUUACGGCAAUCUAGUUUUAGUUGGAAUAAACCAUAUUCUGAUCUAUUCGGACCAAAUCUUUCUACAAGCAGGCAUCGCCCCUGAUAAUGUGACGUUCGCCACCAUCGGUGUUUUCGCCUUGUCAUUCAUUGCUUCCGUAUUCGGGUCAAAAAUCGUCGAUCGUUUCGGAGGAUACAAGGUAAACAUUGCAUGUAACGGCAUCCUUAUCUUUGCGAUGGUGUUGUUCACUAUAAGUCAAGCCACUGCUCACCUGGCACCGUCGGCAAUGCCUUACGUAGCGAUCGUUGCAGUCGCUAUUUACAUGUGCGCGUGGUCUGGUGGAAGUAACUUAGCUGUCUUCGCUUUGGUUGGUAAACUGACUGUUGAACCGACUCGAGCAACUGUGUAUGGAUACGGGUCUAUGCUUCUGUGGACUCUUGCAUGGUUUAGCAGCUUCAUACCACCCUAUUUGCAGAUUGGACUAGGAGCUUAUAUGUUGAUGAUCUGGGUAUUUUUCGCCGUCGUGUUUCUCAUCUACCAUUUGCUGCUGAUCCCAGACACGAAGGAAAACAGCAGUGAGGAAAUCCAAGCUUACUUCAGUGGGGCAGACCAAAGUGAUUCAGUUGAAAUGUCGAAAAUUAACACCGAAGAGCCAGGCACUCCUUAUGCGUUAACAUAAUUGUGGAUAUACAAAUUUAAUGCCGUACCCGCGAAUUUAAACAAACAACAAUAUUCCAAUAUCACUGCCGUUGCUUUUUAACAAAAGCAACUGUUCGCCUGCUACGCGGCUUUGUUAGAUCGCAUCAUAACCAAAACAAACCAAUUCCUACACUCGAUGCUACUACAUUGCAAAAUACAAAUCGAAGACUUGAAAUUUUUAAACGAAAGUAGGCAUACCAGCGAAAUUUUACAGCUUAUGUGCAAAAAGCGGCUAGAAUACAAUGCUUUUGAAUUUCUUGCUUGAUCAAUUACCAAACUUAUGUUAAUCGUUCAAUAAACCAAAAAUUAGCCCGCUUUUA